AUGGCCAUCUCCACCCAGCUCCUUGCAGGUCCUGUCCUCUGCAGGGUCCCCCCUGGGGAGGUGACCCAGCCCCUGCCCAUCCAGCUGCCCAAGAAGAGGAAGUGCUCCAUUGAUGCCAGCUGCCUCAUGGAAGAGGAGGAGAAGGAGGAGGAAGCUGAGGGAGGCAUGGCUGGGGAGAUGGGCAUGGAGGAGGUGUUUGGAUCCCUGCAUGCCAUCAAGCAGGAGAUUGAGCAGCUGCUGCACCCCGAUGGCACCCAUGGCAGCUCUGCUUGCACUUGUCAAGACCUGCAGCUCUUCGGGCCUGGCCUGCCUGAGGGUGAGUACUGGAUUGAUCUCAACCAGGGCUGUGCCCACAUUGCUUUCAAGGUCUUCUGUAACUUCACAGCUGGUGGCGAGACCCUCAUUUUCCCCUCCAAAGAGAGCGAGACGUUCUCAUACAUGGAUGCUGAGGGGAAGACAUUGGGCAGGGUGCAGCUCACCUUCCUGCACCUGCUUAACAUUGCUGCCCACCAGAACUUCAUCUGCCACUGCCACUGCUUGGUGGCCUGGUGUGGCUCUGGCAUCACUGGCCAUGUCCAUGCCCUGCCCUUCUGUGGUGCCACCGAUGAUGACCUCAGUCACAACACCAGUCUCUACAUGAAAGCCCUCAUGGACAGUUGUACAGUGAGGCCAGGGGUAGGGCAGGCAGAUGGACAAGAUGGAGGGAGGGACAAAAGAAUGGAGACAUGAAGCCAGGGGUGGGUGAGAAGAGAUGGAAGAGUGAAGAGGCAAGGGAAGAGGGAAGGAUGGGGGA